GUCAGGCAUUAAAAAUAAACAAAGAAAUCCUUCAAAUCAAAAAAGAACUUUCAAAACAUCUUAACUUUAAUACUUUCACAAUAAGAAAAUAAAUGUGGAUUUGAAAAUCUGCCAAUAUGCAGUGCACACCUGCAGAAAUUGAACGGAAAAGGUUAGAAGCAUUAAAAAAAUUAGCUAGUAAGAAUAAGUCACCUUUGAAACCUCAAAACUCUUCGAAUGGACAUGUUUCUCAGAGUCCGAAAUUUAAAUUUAGCAAGUCGUUUCCAAGUACAUCCAGUACUAAUCAUUAUGCGAAACCGUACGACAGAACGAAUGCUGUUAAUAAACCUAUCACCCAAUUUAACCCGAAGGAUUCUGUUGUGACCGCCAAAUGCGUUCUACAGAAUGAAUCAAGGUUUGUGGUGAAGUUAUCGGCAUUUAGUUCACCUGCAAUCGAGGUUUUCAAGACCAUUCCAUCAAGGAAUUAUGAUACCAAAGAAAGACUGUGGAGUUUUCAUAUCAAGGACCAUGACGGGCUCAUUACAAAACUCAGUGGAUUGAAUGGCCACUUAGAAGUUCUCGGUUUACCUAGAUUUGUUCUGAACUGUGUAAGAUCAACUAAAACGGAUCUUUCUACAAUCGAUUUAAGUCCUAUUGAACCUGAGUUAAGGAAUACUUUAAUGCCAUUUCAAAGGGAGGGGGUUGCAUUUGGGAUCGAUAAGGGUGGCAGAUGUCUUAUAGCAGAUGACAUGGGUUUGGGAAAAACAAUACAAGCUCUUGGUAUUGCAAGUUAUUACAGAAAGGACUGGCCUCUAUUAAUUGUUACCACUGCUUCUAUGAAGAAUACUUGGGAACAAACCAUAGUUCAGUACUUUCCAAGCCUUCCUUUAAGACAGUUACAAUACAUGGUGACUACCAAAGACUAUAUAAAUGAAGCACACGUUUUGAUUGUUAGUCAUGACAUGCUUUCAAGAUCUGUGAAUAAGUUAGUGGAGAAGAGAUUUGGAGUAGUUAUAGUUGAUGAAUCCCACAUUUUUAAAAAUUUCAAAACGAAGGGAACACAGGCAGCAUUGACAUUAGUGAAAAUUGCAAAAAGGGUUAUACUUCUCAGCGGUACACCAGCCCUAUCACGUCCCUCCGAAUUGUACACACAGCUGUCUUUCAUUGACAGUAGAUUUUUCGUAAAUUUCAUGGAGUACUCCAAACGAUACUGCGACGGAAAAACCACUCAUUAUGGGUGGGACGCCUCCGGACAGUCCAAUCUAUCGGAGCUGGAGAUCGUUUUGGCACAUAAAUUCAUGAUUAGGAGGACGAAAGAUCAGGUGUUGCAAUCUCUGCCCAAUAAGAAUCAAGAAAUUAUAUUGCUGGACGUUAAACUCAACCAGCUGAGCAAAGAGGAUAGGAACUGUCUGGUUGGUUUAGCUCUCAAAUUCAAUUCGAAGAAGGGAACGGACAAGCAUUCCGCUCUGUUGGCUUUUUUCUCUGAAACAGCCAGGAUAAAGAUUCCCUCUGUUCUAUCCUAUAUAUUGCAAGUUCUAGAAGAAAAUAAGAAAUUUCUAGUCUUUGCCCAUCAUCAGAUAAUGCUAGAUGCCAUCACACAGAUUUUAACCAAAAAAGGAAAGAAAUUCAUUAGGAUCGAUGGAAGUACAGCUCCUUUGCAAAGAAAAAAUUAUGUUGAUCAAUUUCAGACGGUAGACGAGUGCGUUUGUGCAGUACUUUCCAUAACUGCUGCCAACGCUGGAAUAACUCUGACCUCUGCCGAACUAGUAAUUUUUGCUGAAUUACAUUGGAACCCCAGUAUUUUGAGUCAGGCAGAAAGUAGAGCGCACAGGAUAGGUCAGGAUAAGCCAGUUACAAUAAGAUAUUUACUAGCCCCUGGUACGGCGGAUGAUUCCAUUUGGCCAAUGAUCCAGAAAAAACAAAAAAUUCUGACUGAAGCCGGACUAUUCAAAGACAGUUUCAAUGAUGUGGAAAUGAAAAAUCAACAGACUUCGUCGGAAAGUACAUUAACAGAAGGCAUCGAGAACACAACUAUACUUAAUACUCUGGAUAUUUCUUCCUAUUUCAUAUCGCCUAGUAAAAAACAGAAAAUUAACGAUAGUGUUGUGAGUGACUUGAAUGAAAGUUUAUUAGAAGACUGUCCUGAGUUAAAUCGAAAUUUGAAUUCUUCUGUUUCUGAAGUAAAUUCGAAUCGGGGUAACAUUUGUGAUAAUGCCCCUAAAAGUGUAGUGAAUAUUGAUGAUAUGUUCAAUGAUGGAUUCGAUGAUAUAUUGAGCUGUAUCGAUAUUUGAAAAAUCAGUAUUGUGCUGUGUUCAAUUACCCUUUUUAUAUUGUCCAUGAAGUUUUAUUUUUAUAUGAACAAUAGUGUUUUUCCUAUUCUGAGUGAAUCAUUUCUUGAGUAACAUUUUUAGAUAUUUAUACAGAAUGACAGGCUUAUUUAUGAUCUUUAAAUAUAUUUUAAUACAUG